CGUGGCUGGUAAGGGACCCCUCAGUCUGGGCAGGGCUGUCAUCAACAGGGGCUGCAACAGUAAAGAAGUUAUUUUAUUCAUGUGUUUUGCUGCUCAUGGCUGACAAAAUGCCCAAAUUUUCUUCAGAUCUAAUUCAAAUGAUAGUAAAUUCAUCAUUCUGAACAUUUAAAAGGUCACUGUAAUAUCCCGCAGAGGAGUGGAAAAAAAAACCUCAUUUUGUAACACUGCCUGGCCAUUUGUCUUGUAACAGCAGUCUCCUCUCAUCCCUGAUAAUCCUCAUGUUUCUACAUUUGGGCAUGCAGUGGUGUUUAGUAUGCACUGCUGGCCAUGCAGCACCUGAUAGAGAUGUGCAGCUCCAUCCCUUAAUAUUGCUGUGAUUCUGAGGACUGCUCAAACACUAUCAGACACACAACCAUUUGUUUAAAUGGCAUUUAUAUUAGAAGGUGGUGUUCCUAUAGAACAAAAAUAGUCAACAUAAUUCACUGAUCCCAUACAUAACACUGGAAAUCUACAAUAAAACUGAAAUUAUGAAUAAAAUAAAAUGCAAAAUAUGUUCUUCCUUUGACACCUAAGAAAUUUCCAAUUCAAUUUAAUCAAGAAUCACAGAUUCAGGCUUGACAGGGAAACAUUUUCUAUGAAAUACAGUACAUAUCCACUGACAAUGGAUUGUUACAGUAACAUUUUAUUUAGCUUCAGAAGAGCAUACAUGCCCUGCAAGUGAAAAUGUUUGACAGUCCCAUUGCUUACAGCCCUGUGAGCCUCACCAGACCUUCUUUGGCUUUCACCUGCAACCCAUGGAGAGAUAUCAUGGAGACAGAUAACCCUCAGAGCAGAUUUCACCGUUUUGCAUUUUCCUCAUAUUUCAUUCAACGGGUCAAUUAAUUUCUUCUCAAAACACCGUAUCUGCUCAAUUAUAAUAAUUAUAAGCAAUUAGAUUCUCCACUGAGGGUUGACUGUCUUUUUAAAAUUUGUUUCGGGUCAGAUUAAACAAAGAGCUUGACAUUUGCAGAAGUGUACUUAUUGGUUUUCUGGAGGAAAGUUAGAUCUGAAAAUGAAUGCUUCUCUUCUGCAAAAUGUUUUUAAUUAAAUAUGAAGCCACAGCAAACAAAUUAUAGGACUUUAGCAUAAAGAUUGGAAACAAAUAAGCUUUCUGAGCCUUCCAGGUGUUUAAAUUAUGGCAGCCCCAAGAACUAAACCCAGUAGUUUCUGAGAAAUUACAGCACAAGCAUAAAAUUAUUGUUAUUCACUCAGAGCUCCUUCAACUGUUUUCAAAUUUUAAGUGACUCUCAAAAGUGUACACACCACUGUUAAGGUGCAGAGAUCUUAUGAUAUAAAAAGGUUCAAUCAAAAAACAAACAAAACAAAACACACUGCAUGUUGCUGCCAUGUCUCACUGUGAUUACAGUGUUUUUUGAGUAAACAUAAAUUAUAUUUUUGUUGUUUUUCCCCCAAACAUACCUUUUUAACUCAAAUAUUUCCAUGUGAUUUUAUCAGACCGUAGCAAAUUGUUCUAUGAGGAUUGGAGAGAUUUUAUACUUUCUGUCUUCGAAACCUACUUCUGAGUCCUAGCUUAAAGAAUACAGGAGAUUGGUGUCAUAUGUAGAACAGAACCAGAACUCGUUUUAAAGUUCAUAAAGCUCCUUAAGUGUUGAGCUCUUAGCAGCUUUCCCAACCAGUUACAGUCUUCUCUUUCAGUCAGUUCUUUUAAUAUCAGUAUUGUUUUCAAUGUUCUGUGUCUGGAUUGACUGUGACAUGGGAUACAAAUAAAGCGUCCUUGGAGACAAACUUUAUUUCAGGUUUAUUAGGUUUGAACUCAAAUCAAAAAGUAUUUCAGCAAAGUUAGUUUUUAUGUGAACACUUGCAUAAUCCAGGUUACUAGUGCUUGAUUCUUUUUGAUAAACAUUUUAUUAUUCAAUUGAAUUAUGCAAGAUAAGUAUCACAUAACGUGCUACAAAUUUUGAAACAAUUUAUCAUAUUAUUUACAAUUUUAACCAGUGUGUACACUUUCGAGAAUCUCUGUAUACUUUCAAUAUUUUAAUCUAGCCAAGCAGCAUUUGUGCAGAUUUCGAGUAUUUUUUGCUUUUUUUUGUUUGUUUUCAAGCUGAACACAAAAACUAGUAAUUGUAGGAAGUUUUGGCAGAAGGAUUUUGUUCCCUCUGAACAGCUCUCCUGGUAUGUUGCCAGUCUUCAUGCCAAGUGCACCAAGCAGCUGGCCAUAGUUCUACAAUCAAUCUUAUAUUCUGGCUCUCCACCAGAAAACAAAUGUGCACAUUUCUUGAAAUAUCCAUCUGUUCUUUACGCUGUUCUUUAAUUUUGCUUUUCACAGUUUCUUUUUAUUUCUCUGUGUUUGUAUGUGUGAGGUCUUUAUGUUUUCCUGUCUCACCUCUUCCUCCCCUCGCUCUGUGUUUUCUGCUUGUUGUAAGUACUCCCACUUUAGCUCGUAGUACUCUAAAUGCUGUAAGGCUUCCUGAUAGCCCUCCUGAGUCUAGUCUGACAGAGCUCUGUUCCAAAAAUAGUGCCUCCUUUGUAAACAGCAGAGCAAUUAGGUGUUUGGAUGGUUAAAACGUCUGCUACCUAUCAGCCUCCACUCCAUCAUUUAGAUGCAUCUCACACGAUCACCGAGGCAUCAGGUGAACCUGCUCAUUCUUAUCUUCUCUAAUUACAACUCACUUGACUCUCUCAAAACCUCCAGGUGAUCAAUUACUCCGUCUGUGCACUGACGCCGAAAAUAUUGUAAACUCAGCGAGGAGUGGUGAUUGCAGCCUUUGUUAUGAUGGCGUUGCAUUAGGCUAUCAAUGUGAGCGCGUAGUUUUGAUUGGCAUUUAUUAACUGGUGAGAGUGUCAUUUCUGAAGUGAUCCAUUACCCACAUGUUAAAUUACUGCAGCACGUUUAUUUUGUUUUUGCAGAACAAAUAUACAAUUUAGAGGUCAAUUGAAAGGCAAGAAAAAUUACUAGAGAUCUUAUUUAAGAUCACUCUAAAUGUGCUAACCAAAUGUACCCCUUCACUAAGUAAAAUACUUAUUGUCUAAGUGUUAGAGGCACCGUCCUGUUGUGCAGCUGUUGUCGUGUGGUUUGUUUUUACUCCAAAGGUCCCGUACUAAAGUCAGCGUUCAGUCUGUACUCGUCUCUGUGGCUCUCCGUCCAGGUCAGCAGGUGUGGAUUUGUAGCAUGCUGAGUAAUAUUUAUUCUUUUUUUACAGGGAGUCAUUGGUGGUAAACAUUAGAUUAAAGCAUUGCAGGUGUGUGAGAUUACAGACAUUAGUGCUGUGUGCUCUCAUCACCUGCAUGUGCAGCCUUAAAAACCUAGAAUGAUGCAUCGGCAUAAUUACGAAGCCGUGCGGCCCACUUCAACCAGCCAGCAGGUCAAUCAUCGCCAUAGCUUUGCGUGGUGAAAUUGGCCAAUUUCUCUUUAUUUACGAGUAAAUCCCUGAGAACUGUGGAGCUUGGAAAAUCAUAAGUUUCCCAUAUGUUCCCACAGAAGAGUCGUGGAAAAACGUACUAAAACUUAUUUUCUGCUUGCAAUCGUUUACAGAAAACAAAAUAUCAACUACUUUUUUUUUAAUGCUUCUAGUUUUAAAGUACUGUGAUGGUAAAAAAGGUAAGUACACCUGCUUUCAGUUUUAAUUUUCUACAUUUGAGACACCAAAAUCAUCUUAAAAUCAAGUAAAUGUAACCACUUAAAAACAACUGAACCAUGCUAUUCGUUGUCUUUCAAGAACUAAGUAAAGCGUUAAGGGGAUAUUGCUUGUCUAUUCUUGGUUUCGAUAGUUUUGGGGUGUUUUUUUUAAUGAAAGAACUUAUUUGAAAACUAUCAUUUAUUUUAUUUAUUUUUACACAGAUUAUUUACACAGAUAUUAAAAAUUAUGUGACGAUCUGAAAAUUUUAGAAAGAUCUUCACAUGAAGUAAAAAUGGAAGAAAUCUGUAAGGAUUGGGGAUACUUUUUAUUGCAUCAGCAUAGAUCUUUAUAAAAUGGCUGCUUCUGCCCUUAAAUCUGAGAAGGAUUGUAUGAACAAAUUGGAGUUAAAAAAUGAUCACAGAAAAUUUGCAAAUUCGCAACUUUAUAGGAACCAGAUUUUACAGCAAAUUCACCAAGGUUUAGACCACAUAUUGUUCUGAAAACUAUUACAAGUUUUAAGUUAUAUCCGAUAUUCUACAGAUCUCAGUUACCAUAGUAAAUAUUUGUGGUACAGUUUGUGCAAAAAAAACAAACUGUAUGAUUUUAUGGUUUUAAAAAACUACAGGAAGAAAGUACAGGAAGUUGUUUCUAACAUCGUGCAACUAAGUAACAGUUUUGUGUUCCUUUAGACACCUGACACCAAAGUGGAGCCAUUAACUAGUUUUUGCACUGGGUGAAGACUGUAGUAAGCAUUUUAGGCAACACACUUCAUACCAGUUUACAAGCUGAUAACAAAACACAAGUUAUUUUCUGCUUGCUUUGUAGCAAGGCGCCCUGAAUUCCAUCCGUCGACUAUGAACACCUCAGUUUCCUAGAGUAAUUCAGAGUAAAAUGUGAAGCCAUCUGACAGCUCAUGCUGGGCCACAAAACUGGGUCAUACUUCAGCAUUACGAUUCCAGAAACAGCAGCAAGACUAUAGCUGCUACUGGAGAUGAAAAUCACCUACAUGUCAAAAUGAAUAAGGCAAACCAAUGAUAAACUGUGGACCAAAACUUUUCUUUUGAAUGCGAGAGACUGACUAUGAGACAAAAAAAAGAAAAGGAAAAAAAAAGAUGAUUUCUUCAGGUGAUUGCUGCUAAAUGAUCCCGAGGUUUGUUUUAGGUUUUCAGGUUCCAUUUCUGUACUUUGGGUUAGUGUUUGUUAGGUGGAACAUGUUUUGAGUCGUCUGUGGUUGUGUUUGCCUGAUUUUAAGAUCUGGGAAUAAGCUGAUGAUUUUUAUAAAGUCCUGCUACAUAAGACAUUGACAUUGAAAGAAGAUUUACCUACCUUUUUACCAGAACUAAAAGAUAAAAUUUGAGUCUCAUGAAAUUUACUCUUACCACUUCAACUAACUUAACUGAAAACUCUUUUACUCUCCGGCCUUGUACGUUUGUGCGUCUGUCUCUCGUCAAUCCUCUCUUGAUCCUUUCUUCUCGUCCAACCGUGUCUGUUUGUCCGUGGUCCCACAUCGUAUCUUCCAGUGGGGCUGUGGAUAAGGGUGGGCAGGGCGGAGCUGGACCCUCACCAGGGGCCAGUGACAGCGGGGGUGGCGCUUGCUCCAGUACAGGAGCUGUGCCAAGUCGCAGCGACAGCAUUCGGAGCAUGGUGACGGGGGGCAGCAAGGCCGGGCGCUGGCAGACCGUCCAGAGCCACAUGCAUGCCGGAGCCCUGCGGUUUAGCAAUUUCGGGGAUGCUUCCCUCUCGUCUGCCUCCACUCUGGAGCACAUCCCAUCAUCGGCUGUCGCGCGUCCCCGGCCUCUUGUCCGCCAGCAGAGCCUCCAACAGCCCCUCACCCACCAGCCCCCUCCGGGUCCCAAUGACCCCCCGGUCACCUCACAGAGCCUGGGUCAGUUGCACACAGGCCCAGGCGGCGGGGGCCACCGUGGGGGCCCGCGGGGGGUCCGGGGGAGUCCGGCUGGAGCUUCCAGGUAUAGAGGGACAGGGGCUGGCCGAUCACGGUCAAAUCCAGGGAGCUGGGACCACAUGAUGGAGCAGAUUCGCCACAGAGGUCUGGACGUCAAGUCAUUCCUUGAGGGGAAGAUGGUUGUUCUGUCUCUAGCAAUCGGGCUGGCUGAACAGGAUGACUUUGCCAACCUCCCAGAUCUUCAGGAAGCUCCGGCAAGCAAAGAAAAUGAAACCACACCAGAUAAAAGAACUCCAGGAAACAAACCAGGCAGCAGUCCCAGAGGUCAGACCCCAGAUGAAACUGGACGUCGCCAGGGGCAGAACCACGAAGCCAACUCUACUGUCACAGACUUAGCCAACUCGGUCACCAGUGACGUGCUUAUGCUGUCACCAGGUUCUGAGGAGGACGAGCACGAGGGUCCAGUGUGUGAGAAACUGGGUCGCAUCCAGUUCAGUGUUGGAUAUAGCUUUCAGGACUCGACUCUCACUGUCAAAAUUCUCAAAGGCCAGGAUUUGCCUGCUAAGGAUUUUUCAGGCACAUCUGAUCCUUUUGUGAAAAUCUAUCUACUCCCAGACAAGAAGCACAAAUUGGAGACUAAAGUGAAGAGGAAGAAUCUAAACCCUCACUGGAAUGAGACAUUUUUAUUUGAAGGCUUCCCCUAUGAAAAGGUGGUUCAGAGGACUCUCUACCUGCAGGUUCUUGACUACGACCGAUUCAGCAGGAACGACCCCAUCGGGGAGGUGUCCAUCCCCCUCAAUAAGCUGGACCUGGCCAACAUGCAGACUUUCUGGAAGGAGCUGAAACCGUGCAGCGAUGGCAGUGGAAGUCGAGGGGAUCUCCUUGUGUCCCUGUGCUAUAAUCCCACAGCCAACACCAUCACUGUGAGCAUCAUCAAAGCACGCAACCUCAAAGCCAUGGACAUUGGAGGCACUUCUGACCCAUAUGUAAAAGUGUGGUUGAUGCACAAAGACAAACGUGUGGAGAAGAAGAAGACGGUGGUAAUGAAACGCUGCCUGAACCCUGUUUUUAACGAGUCCUUUCCCUUUGACGUGCCGGCCCACGUGUUGAGGGAGACCACCAUAAUUAUCACUGUCAUGGACAAGGACAGACUCAGUCGCAAUGAUGUCAUUGGAAAGAUUUAUCUUUCAUGGAAGAGUGGCCCCGCAGAGGUAAAACACUGGAAAGACAUGAUAAGUCAUCCCCGUAACACCGUGGCCCAGUGGCACUCUCUCAAAGCCUGAGGGGCCCAGCAGCCAAACAGCCUAAAGUGUUGCCAGUCAAACACCAAGACCCCUACCCCUCUCCCCAACCUCCUCCUCUGAGAAGUCAACGUGAGCCUCUCAGCACACAUCCCUUUUCCCCUAAACGCAGUGUUGGGCUGUGGACCAUGUAUCACCUCUUUGUUCUCAGGCCUCUUUGAUAUUCCUCGCCCUCAGUCCUUGUGAAUGAGCCCUAAAAUUGCACCCUCUUGUCAAGUUCUGAUUGCCACCUGACUCCUUCACAUCAGUUCGUCUGAACUUAAAAAUGUCUUUGAUGUCUUAGCUCCCUUGUGCCCUCUUUCUAUACCAUUUAUUUCCCGAGAUCUCUCAAUCUUUUCUUCCAUCAUAUCGGCCAGUCCUAGAGUCUAACAUCAGAGCAGUGGCUCUUGCUGCCCAUGGAUACAAACUACCAACCAAAAAUGAAUCAAACUGAUAGUCAAAUCAUCCUCUGCGGCAGCAAGAGGGACUAUGUUUGAACGGAUGUGACCUGUGGGAUCCAUGCACCACCUCCCGUCAAAUGUCUUCACUCCUUCCAUUUUUGUCUCUGACCCUCCAUAUCCUCAAAAUGCCUAAAAAAAAAAUCAGGAAUCCGGCACAGAAGAAGUGACAGAGUGAAUUUCAAAUGGACUGGAAGUGGACUCUGUCGUUUAGGUUUUCUUUGAUCAUUUUCCCUCCUCACUGCCACUGCUGUAAUAAUUCUCCCCUGGCUGAAACCCUUUUGUCGUCUGUGCGUGAUGUGGGUGACGUGCUGUAGUCUGAAAUAAUGUUCUUCAAUUUAAAAAAAGGGGUAUGAACAUGAACAUUUAACACUGGUUAGAAAAGGUGAGUGUGGAAAAUAUUUUUCUCUUAGAAAAGAAAUCCCUCUGGACCAAAUUUAGGAGCAAAGUGAUUAUUCUAAUUUUUCUUUCUUUUUUGAGGGGGAUAAGUUCAACAACUGUUCUUCCAGACACAUAAAAUAAUGAAAAAGUCUCUUCCAACUGUGCGGUAGUAUGGAUAAAUGUGUGUAUGUGUGAGGGGGUAUUUUAGACCUGCACUGCUAAAUUAAAGCUAUUGAUGUACACAAAACGUUCCUCAUCGUGAAGGUAGAAUUAGUAGAAAUUAUCACCUAAUUGAUGAUUGCUAAAUUCUCUGGAAGGAAGCCCAAAUUAUGAAUGCACAUACAGAAGUCAAGUUUAUUUGCAAUUUCCAACUGGUAGUUAAAACAAACUUGCAGCACCCGUCAACCUGAUAAAGAUGUGUAAAAAGCCUUAAAGUGAAUUAAUAUUUGGAGUGGCACAUUGUAUAGGGGUAGAGUGUUCGACUCAUUAUUCGGACACUAGCUGACCUUGGCAUCCUGGAGUCCACUAGUGCCGCAAACCAGGAAUAAAGUGAUGUUUUAUUUAAGCACCAAAAUUUUCUCAUGUUUUUUUAGUUUAUUUAUUUAAUCUCCCUUAACCAUCCUGCAAACCAUGAGUGGUAAUAGAAUAAAUUUUGGCCAUUGUCCAGCCAUGUUUGUCACAGUUCCAGUUGGUUGAAAGUUGGUUCAAACAUUUCAAUAAUUGCUAUUACUUAUCUGUAUGAGCAAAUUUAGGUGAGUAAGUAUUUUCCUGUAAGCAUUUUCUGUCCGCUAGAAAUCACAAAUCAUCCUUACCUAAAUAGCAUAUUUUCCUCAGUUUACUAUGUUGGAAAGUGACUGAAAGAGUCACGACAGUGUGUACUUUUUAUUUUAUAUUUCUUCUAAAAUGUUACUUUUUCCCCCCACUGAGUGCACAAAAUGCGUGCAUUAAAUUCUGUUGCUGCAAUAAAAAACAAAUUUAUUUGAAGGCUGUUUACACAUCUUUAGUAGGGUUUCAGUUAAUGGUAAAAUGCUCUAUGUGCCUGAUAUGAUCUGUUAAAAAAUAUUAUUGCAAUGGUCUAAAUCCUUUCAGUAUCACAUCAUAAUAAUGUUAGAGAUGUCUUGGUAAAGAGUGCAAAACCUAAAACUUAUGGAAAUUUUUGUUUGCUUGUCAAUAAAUACUUUAGGUAUAACGUUGAAACAAAUAAUGGCAGAAAUCAAAUAUUUUUUUUAACAAGGUAUUUUUUUAAGUGGUGAAUUUAAAAAAUAAAUAAAUAAAAGAGCCUUAGUGUGAUAAAAUGUGUUUAUUUAGGUACAUUGCAUUUAAAUACAAAAACACUGCCAGUGUAAAGCAACAAAUACACAAAGGGACGAAAAAAGUAAUAUUCUAAAUCGAAAUGGCAACAGAAGAAGUACACAGGUCAUAAAAUAAUCAUGCAAGAAAGUUAGUUCAUAAUCUCAGGAAAGCUGAUGCUAAAAUUCAAAAAAUGACUCUAAAGGAAUUAUUGAAUCAAUCCAAUGGAAUAAAAAUUUGUUCCUGACAGAGAAAAUUUACUCGAUGUCCUUUUUUUGUUCCUUACUGCUGAUGUUGAACUGAAGUUCUCCAUUUUAACAUAAGAUCUUUGAGAUCUGCAGAGAUGCAGUCAAAAGAAAGAAUCAAAGUAAACCUGUACUUUUACCCUUUACUUGACUUGUUUUGUAAAUUUAUCUGAACUAAGAGAAAAGAAAUAAGAAGAAAAUGGACAGAGAGUAAAUUGUGAUGUAAUUACACAUUCCAGUAAAUUAAAACCACACUGUGCUUGUCAAGCACUGAGAACUGCAGUGCCUAGACUUAGUUAGAGCUGAUUUUAUGUUGGUCUGGGGUCUGAUUGAAGUACAGGUCAGCUUCCUGAGUGUUUGUUUUACUGCCUGAGAAUGACCUCCAUCACAUCCCACUUAGACAUGUAUUGAUCACAUGAAUGAAAACAAAUGAGACUAAUAAAAUCUGAGGGGAGUACUUUUACAUUCCACAGUUUGUGUUUGUCUUUUGGAGGUGUGUAUGUGUGUCUGCACUUUGUGCGCGUGUUGGUAUUUGGACUUUUUACUCUCUGUGUGCAUCUACAAUGAGCUAGAGUUUGCCAUUUUGAUGCUGAUCGGCAUUGUUUACUGUUUUUUAAUCCUGUAUAGAUUCAGAUGUACAAAGACAAGUGUUGUUGUUUUGGUUUUCUUAAAGAUUGUCAGUUUUUGUAAGCAUCACUGCACUUGUUAACGACAAUGCUGGAGCAAACCUCUCUUCGCAAGCAGGGUUAUUUCAUUGUGUCUGGUUUGGCUUGGGGGUUAAAACUCUUAAAAAGAAGCCUAAAGUCUUGAGAUUAAACAUCCUUAACCUGA